AUGAAGGUUGCGGUCAUCGGCGGAGGCCCAUCGGGCCUGGUUACUCUCAAGUUUCUGCUGGAAGCCCACAAGUACUUUGAUAUACCACCGAUCGAUGCCCGGCUGUUUGAAUCGGAAGAGAAGAUUGGUGGAACGUUCGUCUGGAGGAUCUACGAAGACGCCGAGCUUGUAUCUUCCAAGUAUCUCACGGCGUUCUCAGACUUUCGAUUCUCCCCAACCGCCCCUGACUUCGUCACACCGGAGCAGUAUGUGCAGUACUUGAAUGACUACGCGAGCCACUUCGGUUUGUGGAAUAACAUCGAAUGCUCUACAAGGGUAGAGCAUGUGAGACGCCGGGGUCAAGGACACAAUGUUUGCUUCGUACGGAAGGGCGGAAAGCCCGAGGAAUGGCAAUGUGACGCCGUUGCAAUAUGCUCCGGGCUGAAUGUGACGCCAAACAAGUUUCACAUGGAAGGGAUGGAGAAUGUUCCGGUGGUCCUGCAUUCUUCCGAGGUCAAGGUUCGGGGGCAGUUCGGCCACAACUCGAACGUGGUGAUACUAGGGGCCGGCGAGACCGCCAUGGACAUCGGCUAUCUUGCCAUCACAGCCCCCACACGUUCCGUCUCCAUCUGCCACAGAGGAGGCUUCUUUUGUGCCCCAAAGGUGAUUCCUAUACCGCAAAUAAGAGGGGAGAAAGUGGUCCAGACCCGUCCCAACAAACCUUCAGAUUGCUCAGUCGCCAGCUUGUUUGACACUGCGUACACACAUCCGGCUCUUCAGCGCAGUCCCCUGCCAUGGCUUGUGUAUGACAGAUGGGUUAAAGGAAUGCACAUGUUAAUUUCUGGGACCGAGGAGGGUCCCGAUCAGUGGGUUGGGCAUAUGAGCAGUGAGAGAAAGCAUGUCGACUCCAUUUUCAUGUGUAAAUCGGACCGGGCUCUGCCCUACAUAUCGGACGGACAUCGAUCGGAAUCUUGGUGGAACAGGAAAAGAACCUUCAUGAUCAAUGUGCCGAAAAAGGAUACCAAAGGAAGAAGGAUAGAUGUGUUGACCUGGCCCGAAAAGUUUGACGAUCAGGGGGCUAUGGUUGUCAAGGACGAUGAUGGCAACACGAAGCGCAUAGUCCCAGAUGUAAUCGUCCUAGCAACAGGUUACCGAACGAGCUUCCCAUUUCUCAAUGCUGAGUACCCAGGGCUUGGGGAGGCUGAUGUACGAAGGAUUUAUAGUAGCCACGAUGUAACUGUUGGCUUCAUCGGGUUUGUGCGCCCAAGCCUAGGGGCGAUACCUCCUCUUGCCGAGUUGCAAGCCCAGCUGUGGAUAUUGCGCCUUCUUGAGCAUGAAUUCAAAGGCGCUAUACCAACAAUCGUCGACUCAAACGCUCUGGAGCAGUAUGAGUUGGACUGGAAACUCCAGCCCCGGGCGGGAUAUGAUCUCUCAAAGACCAAAGGCGGUGUCGAUCAUGAAAGCUACGCCUACCAACUAGCAUUGGAUAUCGGUGCGGCGCCUAGAGUAUCUUAUGUGAUAGGGAGAGGCCUCAAGGUCUGCUUUACCUGGGCCAUGGGAUCCAACUUCAAUACCAAGUUUAGGCUUGUUGGCCCCUGGAAGUGGAAGGGCGCUGCAGAGAUCAUGGAGGGAGAACUGUUCGAUGUUGUCAAAAGAUCCGGGGGCCUGGUAUACCUUUUUAGUUACACAAUUGCGCCACUUGUUUUGUUUGGGACUCUGAGCAUUAUGCUCUAUUUGAUCACAGCAGUAUUUGGACUACUAACUUCAGCGAAGAGUAUAGUGGUGAAGCCAUUUGGCACUGGAAAGGUCCGAGGAAAGCUAGGCGAAGAUUAA